AAAAUAGAUCCAGUUCAGACGACACAAAUCUGUGUUAAAUAGUUCGAUGGAAAACAAACCAAAAUUAAAGAAUACAUCCUCGCUGUUAAUAAAGUUAAAUGCAUACUAAAUAUUAAUCAAGGUUAAAGCGGGUAAUUGUCUUAAAGUAUGUCAUUAUGUUAAAUUUUACUGCGUGUUUAUAAAACGAUGCUGUGACGUCAAACAGAAUCUUGACAUCUCGAUAAUGUCGUGUCUAUGACAUGUAUAUGUGAAUGUGAAUAUGAUAUCGUGUUUGAUAACCUGGUGACAUUAUAUUGUUUUGUGCAUACUUCUCAGGAUAAAUAAUGAGUUUUGAAAUUCCGGAUGGCUUGACAGACUUACUGCAGGAUUUUACGGUUGCAGUGCUUAAAAAACGCCCACCAGACUUGGUGAAGUUUGCAGCCGAAUAUUUCAAUAAACUGAAAGAAAAAAAUGAACAAGCCUUACAAGGCUCAAGAGGGGUUAGGUUUUCAGAUACCGAACCAAUGCAAACUGAUGACAGCGAUGACCUGCCAAUAGCGAAGAGAAUUAUUGAACCGAAGACUGUUUUUGAAGCAGAUUCUGCAGAACCUCCACCUGCCAAGUUCACAAGGAGAAAAUCAGUUUCCGCAGAAAGAUAUGAUCCAGAGGCCGACGAUGAUGAACCAGACGACAAGAUUGUGCACCCAAAGUCUGAUGAACAGAGGCAGCGGCUGAGUGAGGCCGUGAAACCCAUCUUCCUGUUCAGAUCACUGGACCCUGAACAAAUGUCAUGUAUCCUGGAUGCCAUGUUCGAACAAAAGGUGACAGUGGGGCAGCAUGUCAUAGACCAGGGCAAUGAUGGCGAUAAUUUCUACGUGAUUGACAGUGGCAUCUACGAGAUAUUUGUGGACAACAAGCUGGUGGGGAAAUACGAGAACCGCGGAAGUUUUGGCGAGUUGGCAUUGAUGUACAACAUGCCAAGAGCUGCCACCAUCAUAGCCACAACCGAAGGGACUGUUUGGGCUAUGGAUCGUAUCACAUUCCGUAGAAUUGUAUUGAAGAAUGCGUAUGAGAAACGCAAGGUCUAUGAACAACUGCUGGAAAAGGUGCCCAUGCUAAAGAAACUAGAGAAUUAUGAAAGAAUGAAUAUAGCCGAUGCAUUAUACUCAAAGACAUUUGAGGAUGGCGAUGUUAUUAUAAAGCAGGGCGACAGUGCCGAUUGUAUGUACUUUGUAGAAGACGGGGAAGUGAGCACUACAGUCAAAAAUAUGAAUGACCCAACAUCAAAGGAAACAGUAGUGAAGAAAUACAUAAAUGGGGAUUACUUUGGAGAGCUGGCGUUGGUCACUCAUAAGCCUCGGGCAGCCACAUGCUACGCUGUAGGAAAAACCAGACUAGCAGUAUUAGAUGUUCAGGCGUUUGAGAGGCUGCUGGGUCCAUGUAUGGACAUCAUGAAGCGGAACAUCAACGAGUACGAAGAACAGCUCGUGUCUAUCUUUGGUUCCAAGGCAGCCAUCAGUGAUCUACGGUGAACAUUCUGCUGGUUUCUUACCUGCAAUUGCCAUGGUUACGCUGUGUGUUUUUUCUCUUCUCCAUUUCAAGCAAUAUUGUCAGAAAACUUGCCCGAUUGUUAGAUCAACUGGUUUGUUUUCAUCGAGAUAUUUGGUCCAGUGCCAAAAGGAUGUUUGUUUUUGUUUGAUGGUGGUUUUGUUUUACUAUCAGACAAUUGGGUUAGGAAAAAAAGAUGAAAGUUUUGAAAGAAUGUUAGGGAAAUGGCACCUGUGUAUUUUAGGUUUCAAAUUGUUUUCUGGUUUGAUUUGUCACAAGUUUUAAAUCAAGUAGAAUUUGUAAUGCCUGUUUGGUAAAUACAAUUUUGUUUUGUGCAUCUUUUUUAUUCAGAAAAUCACUUAAUCCACAAUUUGCUAUUUAAUGCUUUUAGUUAGGAUUUAUUUAAGGUAUAUAAUUAUUGCGUAUUCAUAUUUUGUGUUUGUAACAUUUUAGUCUAUGUAAGAAGGAUCAAAAUUGUUUGUAUUUACAUUUAUGUAUCUUUCAUUUUCUUUAUUUUAUAUAGAAAUAGUAGUAAGAGAUUUGUUUCUGUCCAUUUACUCAUACCAAACAAUACUACUACUAAUAAUAAGAAAUAAAAGCUCCUUUUUUUAACGAAAUGUGGGUAUUCUUUGCAUGAAUAUAAUAUCAAAAUCAUACCAUAUCAGAAUUACUAUGUAUCAAUGUUUUUGAAUGUUAAUGUCAUCUUGACAAAUUAUCUUGAGGACCAACUUUUAGGACUUUAUUGUUUUCUUUAUUUUGUAUUUUAUACUUGGGACUUCUGUAUGUAUCCUCAUUACAAAUAUGUGUAUCCCUCUUGCCUUGUGAAAUUAUAACCUUGCCAGUUGAUAUUUUUUUGCUUGUUAUUUUUCUACAAGUAUUUUGCUCUUAAAUGUCAUGUUUGCUUGUGAGGUCAAUUAUGUGCAGUUUUUGAAAAACUUGCAUGGUUGGCUAAUGUUUCUUACAUAAAAAUACCAGAAAAAUAAAAACAAAAAAUUAGCUCUGUUAGAAAGUUUUAAUUGUGUUUUUAAUGAAAUGAAAUGCUCGCAAAUGCUUUAAUGAAAAAUGAAAUAAAAUGCAUAGUGAUGUUAUAACAGUUUGUAAUGCAGAAAUUUACUUCAAACUUAUUAUUGUAACUGUAAAGUAUAAGCGCAAGCGCUUCAAUACUUAAAGUUUCAAAACAAAAAUACCUCACAAAUUUAUAGAUCUUUCGCAUUGAUUACAAAAUAUUGCUUUGUUUCCUAAAGUUAUGUAAAAAUGUUAUUAUAGCUUAAUUAAUUAAAUCAUUCUAGAACUGUUUACUUGUAGCCUAUGUUAUUUAGAACUACCGGUAUUAGAACAUGUGUACUUCAAAUCAAUGAAGGUUGCCAUGACAUAGUGGAUAUGGUGUCCGCCUAGCAACCAGGAGGUCAUGGGUUUCAUCCCCAGUGUGUGUGGAAGCGUUUUUUCUAUCUGCCUCGUCGACACCAAGUUCUGGUUCUAGUCCCAGGAAACGGACUCGAGCGUGUUUCAAAUAAGCCUUAGACUUUCGCUGCAAUCAAGGGAAUUGAAAUUUAACUUUAAAAGAAUAUUUUCUACAUGUUAUGUAGAUACUCAAAUAAAUAUUGUAAGUCACAAAAUUGAGCAAAUGUGUGUAUGUAUUUGUAUACAAUUCUUGAAAUUAGUGGUACUCGGAACUAAAAAUAUAAUACAUUACUAGCAUUUUCUCUUGUAUUUGAGAAAAAAUGUUACUUUGUCAGUAAAAUAGCGAAUUUUGUCACAACAAUAAUUUUGCAAUCAAAAUAUUUCAUUAACUGGUAUUAAAAAUGUUUCCAAUUUUUCAGCAGAAGAUUUUAGUAUUUAUAUCGGAUGUAUAUUUGUGUUGUUGCAGAAUGUUGUUUUUUGUAAGGUCUCGUUACUUGUGUUAAACGUCAUUGUCACCCUGUAUUUGUUGUUCACAGAAGAUUGAAUAGAAUUUUACGAUAUUAAAUCUUCCUUAAUCAGUUAACUUUUAACAAUUACUUAAAGAUUAGAGCUUUGAAUUUCAACCAGAAAAAAAUGCAUUUUACAUUUGAACUUAUAUUUUCUCUUGCUGAAAGUUUAAUAUUAACACAAAUUUGGCGUAAAAAGUUUCAUAUUCGUCGGGCAUGGUGCUUUAAAGAAGAUUUAAAUAUUGAGAAAAACAUCUUCUACAAAAUCUAUUUUGUCUAUGAUUUUAGCCCGAAAUAUUUGUGCAGAAAGAAUUGGCUUAAGUAAGUAAGUAUGGAAACAGAAACACAUUUUACAAUUGAAUUGAACAAAUGUUGUAAAAAUGUAUUACUAUUCAGUUAUUCCAAUUUAAAUGCAUUUAUUUACAUUGUUUGGAUUGUGCACUUGAAAAGUAUCAAUGCUAUACGUGAUUUCAUAUGAUACUUUUUAAUUUGAUUGUACUAUUAUUCUUGUUAUGUUUCUAUUUCUGUCUAAUUGUGUGAUUUAUAGUCUGCAUCUGCUGUCUAGCGACACGGUUUGACUCGCCGAAUUUAAUAUCAUAGCCAGUUUGUGUUUCAAGAUGCUAUAUAACAUUUAAUACAAAUGUAACAACCAGUUAAGUUAAUGAGAGAAAGUUAUAUUGAUUAUAUUUGUUAUGUACUUUAAUACAUGUAGUUAGACAUAAUGUGAUUACAUCAACUAUUUACAUGGCUAUGUUGUGGAAUAUUUUAUUUACCAACAUCAGGUGUUUUUAUAUUAUAGAUACAAUAUACUGUGGCUGUGUUAUAUUUUUGCAUUUCUAACAUGUCAAUGACUGUCCAUGGCCACUCAAAAAGAAAAAAAAGCAGUAAAAAUAAAGUACAUCUAAAAUUGGAAGCAUAUUAAUAUGAUAACCAAAAUGAAUAAUUGUGUUUUAUUGAUUAGUGAUUAUUCUUACUCAAACAAUGUAUUGGAAACUUAAGUUAAGCAAUAAAUGAUUUUAAACCUACAAUGAACAUGUAGUGAAAGUAAAUGCUAAAUUGACCAUUAAUUAAUAAUGCAUAAUAUUAAUACAAAUGUUUUUUUCCCAAAUCGUUUCAGUUUGCUAAAUGGACCAUUUAAUCACUGCAUGUGUACUAAAUAACAACAAAACAACAACAUCAAUAUAUAUCUGAUUUCAGUCAAGCCUAUUCAAACUCUAAAUAAGUAUCUACAUUUAAACAAAGCCAGUGUCUUUUUUGGUUCAGUAUUCAAUUUGUGUCGCCAUCUAUAUACCUGGAAAACUAAUGAAUAAAUUAUGGAUUUGUGUUAUUUCAUUCGUUUAAGAAAAUCCAGGACAUUUGUAAAAAUAAUGACUUCCAAAUGUGACAAUCUUGUGCUUAUACUGCCAGCGAAGUUUGGAACACUGUCACUGUGUUAAAAGGAGUUUGUUUGUUGUGUCAUUAAUUAUAUUCAUGUAUUUAAAUUUAAAUAUUGGAAACUUUUUACGAACAUGGUUUUUCUUUAAGAGUCCAUGUAUGGAAAAUACAGCAUAUUUUUAUUGAUUGCAUAUUAGCUUUGUUUUAGGGUCACUUGCCAAAAUGAAUGUUAAAAGGUAAUUUCAUGUUUAAUAUUAUUUAAUGGAAUAUCAAUAUUAAUUGAAUAUAUGUAUUGUCCUGUUGUUAACCUUUUAUUCUUCAAAACAUUCAGUUGCUGUAUUGAUUCUACUGUAAAGUUUCGAGCACAUAAACUUUUAACCCUAAA